CCUUCCAGCUGUGCCAUGGAGCUCCACCUCAUGCUGCCUCUGCUGCUGGCUGCCCUCUACCCCCACGAUGCCCAAGGGUCUAAAUCUGCAGGCUCCGACUGCUGCGUGAAGCUCGAUGCUGGGCGCAUCCAGGCCUGGAUCCUGCAGUCUUACAGCAUCCAGAGCCCAGAGGAUGGGUGCAACAUCCAGGCUGUGGUGUUCAUCUCCAAACGGGGCAACAAGCUGUGCGCCCCUCACGAUGCACCCUGGGUCCCUCAGCUGAUGAAGAAGCUGGAUGAGGCCCUCAAGACUGGGGCCAAACCCAAGCAGCAGAAGAGGACAGUGAAGUCCAGGAGGCAGCAGCUGAGCCCUGUCCAGGAGGCAGGAGGGCAGGAGAAACAUCCCUGGGAUGGGGUCCCAAGUCAGCUGCCAGUGGAGAUGGGGCCCUGCUGGGGCUGGGGCUGGGGCAAGGGCAGAUUGGCAUCCCCUGAUCUCCCCCCUUAUCCCCCGUGGCCCAAGGUUGUGGCCCGUGACUGCUGCCUGAGGCUGAGUGCGAAGCGCAUCCCGCCCUGGACCCUACAGUCCUACAGCAUCCAGAGCCCGGAGACCGGGUGCCUGGUCCCAGCUGUCAUGUUCAUCACCAGGUGGGGCAAGAAGCUGUGUGCCCCUCCCGAUGCGCCCUGGGUCCCCAUGCUGAUGAAGAAGCUGGAUGAGGACCCCCAGGCUGUGGCCAAGCCUCAGCAAAAAGGGGCAGCAAAGUCCAGGAGGCGACGGAUCCAAAUAUUAGAGGAGCACCUGAUCCCUACUCAAAGACCCUGGGCUCUGCCAGAAAACCCCUGGGGUGAAUGACAGCACCGUGGGGGAACAGGCAUCCCUGGGCCAGUGCCCACAGAGAUCCUGCAUGUGCUGAUAGCUGAGGCUUUGAAGAGAUGCUGCGACUCCCUCGCUCAGGAGACAGAGGAGGCUGGGAGUUGCGGGAUGGUCCCUGAGGAUGGGAGGAGGGAGACCAAGGCCCUGCAGAGGCUGUCUG